AACCUUUCACCCAACCGCGUAACUAUGGAAACGUUGUGCAGUUUGGAGCGCGCUGCUAGCUCACCCAUGUAAUUACUCAUCGAAACUCAGAUAGGUUUAAUAAACGCAUUUUCUUACGACGUUUGAAAGCAAAUGGAGGACCGCUAUGCCUUCCUGGCUGAGUGGUAUGACCCGAGCGCCACCCUCCUGCGUCGCUACCAGCUCCUCUACUACCCCAAGGACGGCUCUGUUGAGAUGUUUGACGUGAAGAACCAGCGUGUUUUCCUGCGGAGGACGCGGUACGAAGGUCUCCAGCAGCAGGACCUGUUCGUGGGCAGCCUGGUCAACGUGUUCUCGCGGCAGCUCAAGCUUGUGGAGUACGGAGACCAGUACACGGCAAACAAACUGGGCAGCAAGAAGGAGAGGACCCUGGCCAUGGUGAAGCCGGACGCCCUGUCCAGACUGGGAGACAUCCUGGAAACGAUUCACGCAGCCAACUUGAUCGUGAUCAAGGCUAAAAUGACCACGCUAACAUUGAGCCAGGCUUCAGACUUCUACAUGGAGCACCAGUCCAAGCCCUUCUUCAGUAACCUGGUGCAGUUCAUGUCGUCGGGGCCGGUGGUUGCCAUGGAGCUGAUGGGGGAUGAGGCCAUCGGGGCGUGGCGCAGACUGUUGGGCCCCACCGACUCUGCGACGGCGCGGCAGGAGGCGCAGGGCAGCGUGCGGGCGCGCUUCGGGACGGACGGCACCCAGAACGCCGGACACGGGUCCGACUCCGUCGCCUCGGCCGCAAGGGAAGUGGAAUUCUUCUUCCCCUCCACGGCUGGUCACGGCCCCUCCAACACGGCCCAAUACACGGAGUGCACGUGUUGCAUCAUUAAGCCACAUGCACUCUCUCAAGGUCUGGCAGGGAAGGUCCUGAACUCCAUAAGUAAGGCCGGGUUUGAGAUCUCGGCCCUUCAGAUGUUCACGAUGGACCGGGCCAAUGCAGAAGAGUUCUAUGAAGUUUACAAAGGGGUUGUCACAGAGUACCCUAACAUGGUGUCCGAGCUGUGCUCUGGACCCUGCCUGGCCCUGGAGGUACGGGGAUCCGACACACCAAAGAGCUUCCGGGACUUCUGUGGGCCGGCCGACCCGGAGAUCGCACGCCACUUACGACCGGAGACGCUGCGGGCGCUGUACGGCAAAGACAAGGUCCAGAACGCCGUGCACUGCACCGACCUCCCCGACGACGCACUUCUAGAGGUGCAGUACUUCUUCAAGAUUUUAGAUGGUUAAAGCAAAAAAAAGGUUGUUAGAAAAUCACUCCUGAAUGUGUUUAUUAAGACUUCAGCACAGGCUUAUUUUUCUGUUUAAUUAUUUCAGUCUCACCAGAUUAAAUAAAGUGACAAGAGUAAAUGGUGUUGUGUUGUUCCACGUGGACUCUAAGCACUGUUACACCAACUUGACGUCCUACUACAUGGGCACUGCGUUGCUUCUUAUGAUCUUUUUCACCAGCCACUUUGGUAUUGCAUUCGUACGUUACACUUUUUCUUUUUGCAAAAAAAAAAUUGUACAACUGCAUAAAUAUACAAUUAUUCAACCAUGGAAAUGGCUAAAACAUUCGAUAGAAAGUAACAUAACAUCAUGUGAUGUCUCCAGCAAAAAAAAUUAUAAAUUCUAAAAUCAAAAAACGUGAAAACAAAUAAAAAGAUUUUUAAAAGCAUUGAGUUGCCAUGUUCGGACAGAAGUGAUACUCAUUCACACUGGACCCACUAAGUUUACACAUUUUAUUUUUUAAGAAGUGAGAAAUCCCACGGUCAGUAAGUGAAAAUCCAUGCCAAGUUUUUGGCACCACCCGGGCACUGCCAGGCCAGCAUUGUAUCUCUUGGGUUGCGAUAACUGCUCGUUAGCAGACGGUAGACCCAAAAUAUUGGGCCGGAUUUGUCUAUUCUGAGCGUGGGAUAUCCGGCUCCGCUUUGAAAUUGGAAUAAACAGAAGAAUGAGAGAGAGUGAGAGUGAGAGACAAAGAGAAAGAUAGAUAGAGAGAGAAAGAAUUAGACCCUGUCCACUGCCCGUGGCCAACCGUGAAUAAAACACAGAGAGAGAGCAAGUACACACAUAUACUUCAACAACAUCAUCUAGGAGGAAGAGAUUCCAGGGAGUGCAGUCCUUUUUACUCACACAUGGGGAGAGUACCAUGCCAGUAUUUCAGUUAGUACAAGUACAUGACAACAUCCACACGCUCACGCUAAGAUUAGCACACCUGCACACAGAGAACGAACACAGGUGCACACAAACACACACACACGCACACACCUUGGACCACUAAAGCUAAGCAAACGACACGAGACAGGGAAGCAUGGGAAGGCCAGUAUAAGUGGCGUGACUACAGCACUGAACACUCCGAAAAUAUAUAUAUAGAGAGGG